AUGUUUCUGUCUCUCCCCUCCUCAUCCUCGCUCUUCCUCAUUUUCUCUCUCUUCUUCCUCCUCCACCCCCCAUCCGUCGCCGUCAACGAACCCUGCUACCGUCUUACCGGCAACGGCAACUACACAGACUACAACGGCACCUACUACCAACCCCGUUACCAACUUUGCGGCAAGCGCAACUACACAGCCAACAGCACCUAUGAGACCAAUCUCAACCUCCUCCUUCCCUCUCUCGUCUCCAACGCCUCCCUCCCCGGUGGCUACUUCACCACCAUGAUCGGCCAGUCUCCCAACCAGGUCUACGGUCUCGCCAUCUGCCGUGGCGACGUCAACGCCUCCCGGUGCCACUCCUGCCUCGUCACAGCCUCGCAGGACAUCGUCCGCCUCUGCCCCUAUAAGAUCGAAGCUGUCGUCGCCGACGACCCGUGUGUCAUCCUCUACACCAACAUGUGGGAACUACCGCCAAUAAAGGAGUCGGAUGGAGCCGCCAUGUGGACUUGCAAAAACAUAACGACGGACCGUCACCUGUUCGAGAAGCUACGAAACGAGCUUCUGAGUGCUAUAGCCGAUUGGGCCGCAUACAACACGACGAUGAAGUUUGCCACCGGGGAGGUGAAUUUCACAACGGGCUCCCCGACGAUAUACGGCCUGGUGCAGUGCACGCCAGAUAUGUGGGCAAGCCAGUGCCGUCAGUGCCUUCAGGAUACAAUCGAGGAGAUACCGACGACGCUUCAUUGGGCGCAGGGCGGAUGGAUAUUACAAAUGCGCUGCUUUUUAAGAUACGAGCUCAGCACGUUCUUUGACGGGACACCCAUGAUACAGCUUGGUUCCAGAGAGAAAGGUAAGGGAAGUAAGAUCACUCCUUGCUAG